CAUGUUCUCCAAACUGGUAGCUCUCUGCGCAUUCGUGGCCGUGGCCUCAGCUGGCCUUGUGCCUGCUCCAGUGCACUACUCUUCUGCUGCGGCUGUCUCCUCCCAGAGCAUCGUCCGCCACGACCAGCCCCAGGCCUACGCCGCUCCCGUCGCCAAGCUCGCCACUCCCGCUGUGUACCACGCCGCGCCCGCUGCCGUGUACCAAGCCGCUCCCGCCCAAGUGUACCACGCUGCCCCCGCCCCCGUCGCCUACCACGCCGCUCCCGUGCACUACGCCGCCCCCGUCGCUAAGGUUCUCACUCAACCUGAGGAAUUCGCUCACCCCAAAUACGACUUCUCCUACGCCGUGUCCGACCCUCACACCGGUGACGACAAGCAACAGCAGGAGAGCCGCGACGGCGAUGUUGUGAAGGGCUCCUACUCGUUCCACGAAGCCGACGGCUCCAUCAGGACCGUAGAAUACACCGCCGACGACCACAACGGCUUCAACGCGGUCGUGCACAACAGCGCUCCCACCGCCGCUCCUGUCGUGUACAAGCAAGCUGUCGCUCCCGUUGUCUACAAGCAAGCUGCCGCUCCCGUCUACACCCACGGCGCUCCCGUCUACGCGCACGCCGCUCCCUCUCACCAAUACUACCACUAAAGAAUUCCAAGUGAUGCUCACCAAAUGAUUGUUAUAUAGUUAUUUAUUAAUUAGCAAAUAAAUUUUAUCA